AAAGCGUAGCACUAUUGCAAGACAGCUCGUUUUUUUCCGAAAAGACAGUCCGUAGUUUUGCACUUCACGGUCAGCUUUGUACUUAUGUGCGCAUCUUUAUCUGAUCUGGCAGAGUUGCGUGCUAAUUAAUCGAUGUUUGGUUUCAGAUCUUCAUUCGGUUGAUCGUGGAUAAGCUCGCUCAGCAGUUUUAUCUUUUCUGCUGCCUAGCGCUGUCGGGGUUCGAUAUUGUGCUGCAGCUGUAAUUUACAGUUAGCCCUCUAGCUUAUGUUGAUGAGUUUUUGCGAAAGAGAUUGAUAAUGGCUGAUACUGCUAGCCGCAAUGCAGAAUUCGUUCGAGGUGCAGAAGCUUUCCCUGAUAUAAUGGAAAUGCGGGAUGUGCACGUUGUUGUCGGUGGGCCAGAUGGAAUGAAUCCUCCACAAUAUCACGAGGACCUUCAGGAGGAUAAGUUCGUCGCGGACGAGACAAAAAAUUGGUACUUUACUGUCUGGAAGCAAGGUGACCCGAAAAAAGUUCCCAUCAUUACGUUCCACGAUCUGGGCUUGAACGGUUUUACUUGCUUCCGGACCUUCUUCAACCAUCCUGACAUGCAGGCAGUGACAAAACAUUUUAGUAUUUAUCAUCUGACUGCUCCCGGACAAGAAGAAAGCGCUCCGAAUUGGCGUGAGGGCAUACCCUACCCCACCAUGGAUGAUAUGGCAGAUAUGAUCGAGAGCUUCCGGACGGCCAACGGUAUCCAACAUUUUAUUGGAAUUGGCGUUGGCGCUGGAGCAAACAUUUUGGCUCGAUACGCGAUCAAGUAUCCCAGUCAAGUGGAUGCACUAACUCUCGUCAAUUGUACCUCACGCGUGGCUGGAUGGGGAGAAUGGACAUCGCAGAAAUGGAACAAUGUGCAACUGCGCUGGCGUGGAAUGACCAAUGCGUCUCUGGAUUAUUUGAUGUGGAAUUAUUUCAAUAAGUAUCAGGAGAAUCGUCCCGAUCUCGUCAGCUUUUAUCGCCAGCACUUUGCGAAGAACGUCAAUCCCACCAAUUUGGCUCUCUUUAUUGAUUCUUUUAUCAACCGCACAGAUUUCAAUAUUUAUCGGGAAGGAGAUCCCGCGCGGCGCCAGUCAGUUCCGCGCAUCACUUGUCGUGUCCUGUUAAUCGCCUCCAGUGAGAGCCCAUACUAUGAGGAGACGAUCCAGCUGAAUUCUCGCCUCUAUCCUGAGACCUCAGAGUGGCUUAAGAUCCAAGAUACGGAUGGGUUUGUUUUGGAUGAGGAACCGGGCAAGGUGGCUGAAGCCAUUCUACUGCAACUUCAGGGCAUUGGAUAUGCUGUCAAUGAGCGACGCGCCUCGAUUGACAAGAAAAGUCAAUACUGAUUGGGAAAGAAGAAAGCGUUAACCGGAAGCUAAUCAAUUGGGUUUGGCGCAUUCCUUUCUAUGGCGGAGUUCUGGGUGGUUUUUUGCGGCGAUUAUUGAAAUGGGCUGAGCGGCUGUGUGCUCUCAUCUUUGUUCCGCAGAUGACAGUGGAAAGUUUGGCUUUAAUAUUGGGUGGUUUCCUUUCGAACUAAAAAUUAUUAUUUGUCUCGUCCGAAUUAGGCUCAAAUAACCAGCAGAAAACGCCCUUACCUUUUCCAACGUUUAUUUUGUACGUCAUGCUUCUGCUUAGAAUAGCUAUGCUUCGGUGCAUGCUUCGUCAGUUUUGUUUCGCGUUGUUAUAUCGACAUGCUGUGGAAUAAGGUUCGCGUGACCUCUGUAUUUUCACUGUGUGGUAUUUUAUUCAGCUUAUCAAGUUCCUUUUGGACGUUUUCCAUUUUUUGAGUUUUUGUAAAUAAAAGAAUCGAUUGUGC